AUGCCAGCUCCAUACAAAAAAGGUUCCGAAAAAAAAGGUGCUACUUUAUUCAAAACUAGAUGUUUACAAUGUCACACCGUUGAAAAAGGUGGUGCUCAUAAAGUUGGUCCAAAUUUACAUGCUGUUUUCGGUCGUGUUUCAGGUCAAGCUCCAGGUUAUUCAUAUACUGAAGCUAACAUUAAAAAAGCUGUUCACUGGGAUGAACAAACAAUGUCUGAUUAUUUAGAAAAUCCAAAGAAAUAUAUUCCAGGUACUAAAAUGGCCUUUGGUGGUUUGAAAAAAGAAAAAGAUAGAAAUGAUUUAGUUACUUAUUUGGUUAAAGCUUGUAAAUAA